AUGCGAAAUACCACUCUCGUUCAUGUCAUCGCAACCUUGCUCACUCUGGUAAACCAUUCCCUUACUUUGAUAACCACCAACUCCCUCCCAUUCAAAAUCACUCAAACCACCACCCAAGAUGACCCAAACUAUCUGGCACCAAUCUUCCCAAUCCUGCCAUUCACUAAAUACAAGCACAAUCCCAUUCUGAGCCCGAACCCCUCCAACAAAUGGGAAUCAGCGUACGUGUACAAUCCAACAGCGAUAGUUCUCAACUCGACCAUCUUCCUGCUCUACCGGGCACAAGACUCGGAGCGUACAUCGUCAGUCGGACUCGCCUGGUCGACUGACGGAUAUAGCUUCACGAGACUCGACGAACCGAUCUUGUAUCCCACGGAGCGAUGGGAGGCUGGCGCUGGAGGCGGCACCGAGGAUCCCAGGAUCGUCCGCGUCAACGGCACGUUCUACCUAACGUAUACAGGCUACGACCUCAACACGCCGCAAUUAUGCAUCGCGACCAGUGAGGACCUGCUGCAUUGGAAGAAGUACCCGCCUGUCUUCCCGGGGUUUGAAGAUAUCGCCAUCAGCGAGCGAGGCGAGCAUAUCGCGAGAGUCAACCAUACCAAGAGCGCUGCAAUCAUCACCGAACCCACGACUGACGGUCUCUACCACAUGUACUUCGGCGACAGCCUAUUCUACCACGCGACAUCGCCAGACCUCCUCCAGUGGACCCCAAAUCCCACCCCGUUCGCGAGGCCCACCUUUCCGUGGGAGAACGGGUUGAUCGAACCAGGCCCAGCCCCGAUUAAGACACGCGAUGGGAGGUGGCUGCUCAUCUACAACGCCAUGACGACCGGCGCGGACGAAUACCGUGCGACGCAAUACUCGGUGGGCCAAAUGCUUCUGGAUCCCUCGAACACGGUCGAACCUCAAGUCCAUUUGUCCGAUGAUUCACUCGACCUUCAGAACCAACGACAUCAUCAACAUCUCCACGACAGUCCACAACACCAACAGCAUCCGCUAUCUUCACCACCACCCCAGCCGCCACGACGACAAAGACCCCUGGCGCGCCUGGAGACGCCGUUCCUCGUGCCGUCGACGCCCGAGGAGGAGCGCGGACAAGUCGACCUCGUGGUGUUUGCCGAGGGGCUGGUGCAGUUCCAGGGCAAGUGGUUUCUGUAUUAUGGACAGGCGGACCAGACGCUUGGGGUCGCUGUGGCGGAUGUGCAGCCUUGA